AUGGCCGAGCAUUCUGCUAAAUCAGUUGAUCCUGGCGUGGAGUCCAAGGGGGCUUUCAAUGCACAACCUGAUAUUGAACGUGUCGCUACGACCUCGACUGAACUCCAUGGCUCCACGACGGCCGUUCACCCUGACAAUGUCGGGUAUCACCGUUCCCUCACCAGGCGGAAAGUCAUGAUGAUGACUUUUGGUGCUGGGAUUGGAACGGGAUUGUGGGUUGGCACUGGUCAGGCGUUGCAUUAUGCUGGUCCGGCAGGCCUUGCCCUUACCUAUACUCUCACAGCAAUCAUCGUCUACGCCCAAUACUCGUCCGUCGGCGAAAUGACCACAUACAUGCCUGUCCACGGCGGGUUCAUCCGUCAGUGCUCGGAAUUCGUCGACCCAGCGUUUGGUUUUGCCAUUGGCAUCAAUUUCUGGUUUGCCUGGGUAAUGAUAAUCCCCGCCGAAAUAACCGCCGCCGUAAGCGUCCUCAAAUUCUGGCCGCAAACCGAUGCCCUCCCACUCGCAGCCUACAUCACAAUCUUCAUCGUCGUCCUCGCCGUGGCAAACAUGUUUCACGUGAAGGUGUACGGGUAUAUCGAGUACUACAUGUCGUUCAUCAAGUGCCUCGCCGUCAUGCUGAUGAUCUGCUUCAUGUUCAUCAUGACCUCUGGUGGGAUCAAGGCGACGGGUGGACCGAUUAUCUUCAGUUAUUGGAAGAACCCCGGCGCGUUCAAUAAUGGGAUCAAGGGGAUUGCGAAGAGCUUUGUGCAAGCGGCGUUUAGUUUUGGGGGUGGCGAACACAUCGCCGUAAUAGCCGGCGAAGUCGCAGACCCACGCCACACAAUCAAAAAAACCGUCCGCCCCGUCUUCUGGCGCAUGUUCACCUUCUUCGUCGCGAACAUCUGGCUCGUCGGAAUGUGCGUACCCUCCAACGACCCAGACCUAAUCAACGGGGCCGGAACACUGGGUUCCCCCUUCGUCAUUGCCCUGAAACGUGCAGACGUGUGGGGUCUCGCGCACGCAAUCAACGGGUUUAUUUUUCUGAGUGUGAUCUCGUGCGGCGUGACGAGUGUGUAUGUUGCUAGUCGGAGUCUGACGGCGCUGGCGGAUCUGGGGAUUGUGCAUGGGUUCUUCGGACGGAAGGAUAGCGCGGGGAGGCCCUAUGUUGCGAUUGCGAUUUGUUUGGGCCUCGGGGGUGGGUUGUGCUAUUUGAAUGUGGAUAGUACGGGGACGGUCGUUUAUGGGUGGUUUUCCUCGUUGGUAGGCAUCACCCCUCUGUGCUUCCCUGCCUCCUUUACCUUCUCAGGUUCUGCCUUUCAUAUCGCCCACUCGGCUAUGCUAACCAAGGCUACUGUGCAGGUCGCAAUAGCAACCCUCUUCCAAUGGGCCUCAAUCUACAUCGCGCAUCUCCGCUUCCGAACCGGUCUCCGCGCACAGGGAAAAGACCUAUCCACGCUCCCCUUCAAAGGUAUGCUCACGCCCUACGCGCAGUACUUUAGUCUGGUGAUUGUCCUCUUCAUCUUCGGGUGCGAGUUCUACCUCGCGUGUUUCCCGUUCGGUGAAAAGGGGUCGGCGAAGAGUUUCUUCUCGACGUAUCUGGCUGCGCCGUUGUUUGUUUUUGAUUAUUUUGUUUACAAGUCGUGGUUCAAGACGAAGAUUGUCAACCCGAGCGAGAUGGACUUUUCGCCCGCGAUUGUGUUUGAUGAGGAGGAUCGGGCCAGAGAGGAGAGGGUUGAGGAAAAGGGAGAGAAGAAACCGUGGUUGAAGAGGAUGCAGUAUGUGGUAUUUGGCUAG